AUGGAUGUGAUAAAGACGCAGCAGAUAUCAGCGAGGACGAUCGAGAAAGUGAUCGUUCACCCACUCGUCUUGCUUAGUAUCGUCGACCAUUACAAUCGUGUAGCCAAGGACACGCGGAAGCGAGUCGUCGGCGUUUUGCUCGGAAGUAGCUCACGUGGGACCGUCGACGUCACCAACAGCUACGCAGUGCCUUUUGAGGAGGAUGACAAAGAUCCAAGCAUCUGGUUUCUUGAUCACAAUUACCACGAGUCCAUGUUUCACAUGUUCAAGAGAAUUAACGCCAAGGAGCAUGUUGUGGGUUGGUACAGCACAGGUCCUAAACUACGACAGAAUGAUUUGGAUGUUCAUGCUUUGUUCAAUGGCUAUGUUCCAAACCCAGUGUUGGUCAUUAUUGAUGUCCAACCUAAAGAACUUGGAAUCCCCACAAAAGCAUACUAUGCAGUCGAGGAGGUGAAGGAGAAUGCUACUCAGAAAAGCCAGCAAGUGUUUGUACACGUGCCUACAGAAAUUGCUGCUCACGAAGUCGAGGAAAUUGGUGUGGAGCAUUUGCUCAGGGACGUAAAAGACACAACCAUCAGUACCCUCGCAACUGAGGUCACUGCGAAACUUACUGCUCUGAAGGGAUUGGAUGCACGACUUAGGGAGAUCCGGAGUUACCUCGACCUUGCAAUCGAAGGAAAACUCCCAUUAAACCAUGAGAUCUUAUACCAUCUUCAGGACGUAUUCAACUUGCUUCCUAACUUGAACGUGAACGAGUUGGUUAAGGCCUUUUCAGUGAAAACAAACGACAUGAUGCUUGUCAUCUACCUUUCUUCUCUCAUCCGAAGUGUAAUCGCCCUCCACAAUUUGAUCAACAACAAGUUAUUGAACAAGGAACAUGAAAAAGCAGAGGACUCAAAGCCUGUUGCCAUACCCGCAAUCACGGGGAGUUAA